AUGGCCAAAGGCAAGUUCAAGCACAAGCCCACGGGGCAGCGCACCUUCUCCAGCCCCGAGGAGAUCGAGGCUGGUACUUCAGCAGGCCGUCCUAGGACCUUUAACAAGCAUGAUGAAAAGGAUGUCUACAAUAGAAGGGGGGAACCAGAAGAAGAAGACUCUGAAGAUUUUGCGAAACCAAAACACAAAGGUACAGAAGGUCUGAUCGAGAUUGAGAAUCCAAACCUGGUGAAAUCAAAGAAUAUAAAGGUCAAGGACAUUGAUAUUGGUAAGACAACUGACAUCUCCAGGCGUGAAAGAGAGGAGCUUGAAAAACAGGAAUCUCAUGAGCGCCAUAUGAAGCGUCAAGAGCAAGGAAAAACAGAACAGGCUAGGAAAGAUUUAGAGCGCCUUACUUUGAUUCGUCAACAAAGAGCAGAAGCUGCGAAGAAGCGAGAAGAGGAAAAGGCUGCCAAAGAAGAGAGGAAGGCUGAAGUGCGCAAGUGA